AUGGACUGGACCAUGAACUCCACGCGUGUGGGGUUUAGGUGGUGGAGGGGCUUGAAGGGGCCAAGGGGGUCCCACCACUUUCCUGCCAACUCCCUGAACUUGGCAGCCUCCCGGGCGUUCACGGUGCUGGGACCAUGCACUGAAUUCGAUGCGGGUUGGGGUCGGGGAGUGCUGCUGGCUGUACUCUGA